AUGUACAGUUUUAAGGGAUUGAUUAUUGUUAUUUUUUAUUUAUUAUUUAGGGAAAUUAUUACUGAAUAUAAUAAUGACAAUCACUUUAGUUGGUUAUAUGGUAUAUUAUUUUAUAAUAUAAAUUCUUCUAAUUCUGAAAAGAUAAAAAGAAACUAUAUGGAGACAAUUUAUAACCCUAAAUUGAUUAAUAAAGAUAAUAUAAUUAAACAAUUCAGUUAUAACGAUAUAAAUAAUAAUCUAAAUAUGUUAUCUAGGAAAUAUUCAGAUAUAAUGAAAUUAUAUAGUAAGAAAAGUUCAGAUAAAUUACUUUGUGGAAAUGAGACUUGUAUAUUUAAUACAGUACAAUUAACAGAUUUUUCAAUAUUAAGAAAUGAUACUCCAGAGAUUUUAAUUCAUUCUGGAUUACAUGGUGAUGAAAGGUUAUCUGUAACAAUAUCUAUGGAAUUAAUUGAAUCAUUAUGUUUAGCUUAUAAAAGAGGUGAUUUAUUAAUAACCUAUUUAUUAAAGAAUAGAAGUAUAUGGAUUAUACCAAUGGCAAAUUCUUGGGGAUAUUAUUAUAAUUUUAGAUUAGAGAUAGAUAUUGAUCCUAAUAGAGAUUUUCCAUAUAAUGUAGAUCGAGAUAUUUCUUGUCUUAGAGGAGAAAUAACAAGAUAUAUAUAUGAUCUAUAUAAUGAACAUUUAUUUCAAUUAGGAAUUGCAAUUCAUAGUGGUUUAAAGAGUAUUUCAUAUGGUUGGGGAUCUUAUAAACAUUCUAUUUUAAAGAUGGGUAAAUGGAAAGCAAAAGAAAGUCCUGAUAAUAAAGCUUUUAUGAAAAUUGCUAAUGCUUUACAAAUUUCAUCUAGUUAUAUGUUAGGUUCUUAUCCUAAUAAUAUUUUUAGAACAUUUGAAUUUUUUUAUAAAGAAAUUGGUGCUUUAACUGAUAUUGUAUAUCCAGUUCAUGGUGGAUUUGAAGAUUGGUCAUAUGGAUAUAGUUGGGAUACAGAUAAAGAAUCUGUAAAUUGUAGUAAAUAUUUUAAAUAUCCAAUAAAUUUAUAUUCUGGACGUUGUUUAACAUUUUUACUUGAAACAGAUAUGAAUAAAGAUCCAAAACCAAUAUAUUAUGGAUUAAAAUCUGAUAUUAUUAGCUCUGAACCAUUAGAAUCUUUAAGAUUUCAACCAGCUCUGAUUCCAAGAAAUGUAAGGUUAAUUUUAAGAUUUAUCGAAUUAGCUAAGCCAGAUAUAUUAUUUCUUUCUAGAUCUCCUAAGACUGUUUAUCCAGGACAAUCUUUUCCACUCUGUAUAGCUUUAAUUGGAUGUUUAACUUAUAAUAAUCUCAAAAUAAAAUUAAUAAAUUUAGGAGAUAAGAAAGAACCAGAUAUAAUUUUAUAUGAAAAAAGUGAUAUAAAUAAUAAAUGUACGAAAUUACCUCUUAAUAAAGAUAUUAAAGAUUUUAGUAAAAUUUAUUGUAGUGAGACUUUUGAGAAAGGGUUAAAUGAAGAUAUUAAUCAUAAUAAUUUUAGAUUUACAAAAUUUGGUAAUAUUAUUAAUAAAACCCUUAAGAAAAUAGGUUUUAAUGGAAAUAUUGUUAAUUAUAAAAGUGAAGAUAAUUCAUUUUCCCCAAUAAUAAUAAAUUUAACUAUUCCUAAUAAUAUAAUAGAUUCAAGUAUACAAUUUAAAGAUUUUAGAUUUGUUAUUGAAGCUGAAUUCGAUAGAGAUUUUGAUGAACAAGAAAAUCCUGAUCCUUUUUUACCUCCACAAAGUCAUAUUGUUAAUGCUAGAAGGAAUGAAACUUAUAAUGCUCAAAAUGGAAAAUUUUAUAUUUUAGGUAAUAGGAUAUUUCAAAGACCUUUUAAAAAUACUAAGGAUAAUAAUAAAAUUAUUGGAUUACCAAUAAAUAUUCAAAAAUCUCCUGAAUUAAUGAGAUUAGUAUUUAAUGAUUGUAAAACUGGAAUUAAAAUAAAACCUAAAUUUUGGGAAGAACCAUGUAAAGUUUUGAAUUCAAUUAUUGAAUAUUAUAUAAGAACUAAUCCUUUUAAAUUAUAUCAAAUUGAUUCUUCAAUAUAUAAUUCUAAUAUUUCUAAAGUUGUUGAAUCUCUUAAUAAAGCUUAUAAUAGUAGAUUAAGUGCAACUAUAAGAAUUUCAGCUAUAGAUCCUAAACCAUAUCCAUUUCAUUUUAUAGAUUUUAAUGAAAUUCAAGAUUAUUUAGAUCAAAAUAAUUCAGAAGAUAUUGGUAUCAAAUUUAAUCCAUUAUAUUAUGAUGAAUAUUUAUCUAAAUCAUAUUCAAUUUUCCAAAAUUUUACUAUGGAUAUUUUUAUAAAAAGUACUGAUGAAAUAUUUUCAGAUGGUAUUUAUGUAUUAUAUUCCUUAAAUAAUAUUUCUAAAGCAUUUAUAUUACCUUUAGAUAAUUCAGAUAUGAAAUAUUCAACUAAUAAAACAAAUAUUGAUUAUUCUUCUACAAUUGGUAUAUUUUCUAUAUCUCAAAAAGAUAUUGAGACAAAACAAUCAUUAAUUUAUAUGUCACAUGAUUCUAUAAUUAAUAUAUUACUUAAUAAUAAUAGUGUUGAGGAUAAAUCUUAUAUUAAUAAAAAUAUUUCUACAUAUAAUAAUGUCAACAAUAAUCAAAAAAUAAUAAAAUAUUCAGAAUAUUAUGUAUUAUGUAGAUAUAUAGAUAAUAUUUUAGUUUCAGUUUCAAUUGGAAGAGUAGAAUUUGAUAAUAAUUUGAAACAUCAAAUUAUUAAUAUGGAAAAAUCUAUAAAUACAGAUCUUAUUAAUUCUAAUCUUAUAUAUAUUGGUGGAGAUAUAAAUUAUGAUCAUUUAAAUAUAAAUCAAUAUACAGAUAGUUGGGUAUAUCUUAAUAGUAUUUCAAGAUAUUUUAUUUUAUCUACAAUAUUACUAUUGAUAUUAUUUCCUAUAAUUAGUAGAUUUUAUAAAUGGUACCGAGGUUACACGUUUAUACCUUCAAAAACUUUUAAGCCUUUGUGGCGCCACAUAUUAUACCGCUUAAAUACAAAGACAAAAGUGUGUGUUAUUGAUAUUUCUCCUGAUGUUUCUUCAAAUAUACAUAAAUCUACAAUUUAUACUUUAGAAAACAAAUAUGGGGAUUCUGAUAAUGAAUUUGAAAGCCUAUAUGACAGAUUAAAUAUAGAAGAAACUAGUAAAAAAAGAAGAUUAGUAACAUCUUCAAGUAGUAAUAUUGGGACUAAUUUAGAUUUUAAUAAUAACAAUAUUUCUAAUAGGAUAUUCCCAAAUUCUACUAUUAUGGCACCAGAUAUUAUAGAUUAUUCAUAUUCAAUACAGUCAACAAGACCUUCAAGUCAAUUAGUAAGCCCUGAUAAUAUUGAAGAACAAUCUAUUGGAAGUAACUUUGAAGAUGAAUGUAUUUCCUUAGAAAUGGAGAAUUAUAGUAAAAAUAUUAAAGACUAA